GCCUUGCUACAGCCUUGUUCCAAGAGUGCGAAACGUCCACGACCACAGCCGUAAACCAUGCCAACAAGUGACUGCAGCCAUCGUUUUCAUCGUUGACCACAUUAUCGCACCCUUCCCAUCUCCACCAUUGAUAAAGGUCAUGUCGAAGCCUGAUCUUCAAUAUCUGGACAACGGCUCGUUUGACGGCGGCGAAGGCUUCGCUCAGCCAAUUCCCGAGGAUCGAGGUCAACUCAAGUCGAGAAGUGGUAUCACACGUACUGUCCGCAGGCUACAAGACUUCUGCGCUUCCAAGCCAGCUACGCCUCCUAACGACUACACAACCAGUCCGCUGCUCAGCUUGCCUGCUGAGCUACGCGAACAGGUAUGGAGACAUGUCCUCGAAUCACCUACAGGGUCCGAACCCGCGCACUUCCACAUCUAUGAUCGCGUUGUUGACUCUUGCACCUACUCUUCUUACGAGAAGCUGAACAAUGACUGGCUUCGGCGUCAGCGGACUCCGGUUACAUCAAUUCUGCGCACGUGUCGGGUAAUCUACAGCGAAGCUAUCCAGAUCCUGUACGAUAGCACCGACUUCGAGCUGGUUCUUCUCGCCGGCCUUCCGCGUCCGAAGCACGUAAGCGACGGCAAGCGUGACCGCGACAACCUUUACCAUCGAAACGGACUCGGCAGACCAGAGCAAUGUAAGCAUAUGCUGCAGCGUAUUCGUCGCGCAACCAUCGUGCUGCAGCCAGGUGAGAGCCCAAGCGCAGUACGGUAUCAGCGGCGACUACAAGACUUCUUCAGCGCCAUUGAUUACGGCAGACACAUGGAGCAGCUCACCGUCCGCAUCAAUGUUGGUUGGCGCCGAGGGCGGAAACCGCGCUAUAGUGAGCAAGGUUCCGAUGCUCUCAACAUCAUCAGCAAGUCUCUAUACCCAGUCAUCAGCCCUGAACCUUUAUCAACCACCAUGAGGAAGAGGAGGGUAACCCUCAGUCUGCCCACUGAUGAGCAUGGAAGAAAGCAGGAAGCCCUCGGCGUCUGGUUGAGGCUGCUGAGGUUCAACGUCAACAACCCUGAACUCAACAUCAUCGACUGGCAGCCUCAGAGAGAGCACAAAGGAGGGAGUAGCUGCCUCGCUCGCGGCGCCUUUGGCGAUCAGACAUGGGCCACCGACACCUCUGUGAGGCCGGCAACGACUGUCCGCUUACGCGAUCUCAUACCUGACGUGCCGAUGUAUCUUCUUGUACUGGCGCUUACUCCGGCCAUUCUCAUCUGGGAAGCCCAUCGUAAGGUCGAAAAGGGUGAGAGCUGGAAGGUGAUUCCCACGAACUUACUGCGCUGAUGUCCUGACAUGGAUAUCGGUAAAGAAUCAACGGAGCGCCGCGGGAAGAAAUACGCACUGUGUUGCACAUGCAUGGCUUGUCCUCGUACUCACGAUGACACAUACCUGCAAAGUGAGCAAUGUCACCCAUUGUCCUUAGGGACCGAGCAGACACAUACAUUUAUCGGAGCUUAAUCUUGAGGACGUGAAAGCUUUAGUAUUGACAAUACCAUAUACUGUAAACACAGAAUAGUUCCUGGUAUCGAAGGCUUUCUGACCUGCCCUGAUCGCCUCAGGACGAGAGUAGUGUACAUUGUAUCGAGACAACGGUGGAGCCGAAUAUGGUAGGCGUUAUAAGUUCCU